AUGCCCAAGCUGAUCCCACGGGUGUUUAAUGGGGAUGCAAGGACAGCCUGUGUGUCUCUGUCCCAUCCAGUUACCUCCUCCAGAGCCUCAUCACCCAGAGACAGGGUCGGGGUGAACCCCAGGUUCAGGCUGCUGAGGCCAGAUGGUGCAACAGGUUUGGGGUCUCUUAGAGCACCGAGCAUCAUCCAGGCCACUUCCCCGGGAUUCCAAAAAUGUGGGCGUGGUCUUCCAGGCGUCUCCCUGCGGAUCCUCUCAGCAGACAGUCUGUCCAACAGUAUGCUGUCCUCAGCUCUGGAGUGGGAUUACUACGACCCAAGUUAUGUAAACCAGAACAAUAUACCCAAAAACAACCAUCGAAGACCUGGGAUGAAUGUAAAGCAGAACCGGGUGUAA